UCCACCAAUAGGAGUGCUAGUGUGCUACUGCAACUGUGGCAUAGUACGGCUGCUACUGCUAUUAUGCCACGGCGCUUUACCAUGGAAAAAAACAAAUAUUUUGGUAUUCCUACCCACCCAUUUACUUGCAUACAGUACUCAUCAUUAUUCCUCUCUUUACAUACAGUACUCAUCAAAACCACAUUGCAGAAUCUGCUCUGCUCUCUUUCUCAAAAACCCAAUUAUGACAAGUUCACAAACGUGAUGACGAAGAGGAAGAAAAAUAAGAGCUUGAGGAAGGAAGAAAUAGCAGAAGACUGGUGUUUUGUUUGCAAAGAUGGUGGCCAACUGCUAAUUUGUGAUUAUGGGCGAUGCCUGAAAGCUUAUCACCCUCGAUGUGUGGGGAAAGAUGACUCAUUUUUGACAAGUGAUGGACGCUGGACAUGCAGAUGGCACAGUUGCUUAUUUUGCCACAGAAGUUCAAGUUAUCAUUGUUAUUGCUGUGUAAAUGCUGUAUGCAAUCGCUGCAUCCUUUAUACAGAAUUUGCCCGUAUUAAAGGGAAGUAUGGAUUCUGCAAUGACUGUUUAAAGCUUGCUUUACUUGUGGAAGAAAACAUGGAUGUUGAUUCUGAAGGGGAAAGUGUCAACCUUAGAGACCGGGAGACAUAUGAAGGCCUGUUUAGAGAGUAUUAUGAAACAGUCAAGGAAAAAGAAAGAUUUGACAAAAGCAGUCUUUUUGCUGCUAAAGAUCGAGUGAACAGGGACAAUGAGUACCAACCAACCUCUAAUUUAGAUGAAGGUAGUGAAGAAGAGGAUGAGCAGCUGGUUUCUGACUAUGAAGGUUCGAAUGAUGGGAAACCUCACAAGCGAGGAUGUAAAAAGAAGAGAUAUAAGCUUCAGCAACAAAAAUUGCAACGAAAAGUUAAAUCGAAGAAAAAGGAAUUUAUUGGAUGGGGGUCAAAAGCUCUAGUUGACUUUCUUCAGUUUAUUGGUCAAGAUACUAGUGAAACAUUAUCCCAACAUGAUGUGUCCUUACUAAUAAAUAACUAUGUAAAAAAAAAUGAUCUUUGUGAUCCAGUAAAAAAGAGGAGGAUAAUUUGUGAUGCUAGAUUACAAACAGUCUUAGGUAAGAAAAAGGUUAACAUAGGCAGAAUAUAUAAACUCCUUGAAGCACACUUUGCCGAAAAUGAGCAGAAUUCGGAAGAAGAGGAGCUUGAUGAUGAUCUUGAAGAAAAUGACAGGGAAAUAUUCGUGGCUUCCGAAAUUGGCAAAAAGUCAGAUCCAAACAAGAAACUGACAAAGAAGUAUCUUACUCCAGCUCCGAGUCAAUUUGCAGCCUUGGUCCCUGAAAAUAUUAAACUUGUCUAUUUGAAGAAGAGCCUAGUGCUGGAGAUGAUCAAGCUGCUGCAAUCAAAUGAAAACAAGAUUAUAGGAAGUUUUGUUCGGGUGAAGUCAGAUCCAUGCGAUUACAGUCAGAGAAACUCUCAUCAGCUUGUGCAAAUCACAGGCAUCAAGCAAGGCUCAAUUGGUAAGGGAAAAAAUGAGACUGUUCUUCAAGUUUCAAAUACGUUCAGAGAUAUUUGCUUGAGCAUGCUUUCAGAUGAUGAUUUUACAUCGGAAGAAUGUGAAGAUUUAAGAGAGAGGGUGAAAGCUGGCGUACUUAAAAAGCUUACUGUGGUGGAGCUCGAACAAAGGGCUAGAGUUCUCCAUGAGGAUAUCACAAAGCAUUGGAUUGCUCGAAAGCUAUCUUUGUUGGAGAAACUCAUUGAUCAAGCAAAUGAGAAAGGAUGGAGAUACCAAUUUUGUGAGUAUAUGGAACAAAAAAAGCAUCUACAGAAUCCAUCAGAACAGUCGCUAUUGCUACAUAAUUUUCCCAGAGUAACUCCUGAUGUAGCAGAGCAUGAACCUUUGGCUGAGCACAAGAUCCAUGACGAGCAGGAGCAUCAAUGCUUACAUGAGACAACGCCUUCCAAGGUUGUCAAUGGUAAACAGGAAGACAGAGAAACCUACUCAG